UUUUUCCUUCUUGACCACACUCGCUGCCAAAUCCUCAAUGUCGGCUGCAGCGACGACGACUACGGCAGUUCAAGCUUCACUGACCGAGCUGAUCGAGUCUAUUGCCAAGCAGCGCAAUCUAUGGCGCGCAACCGUGAUGCAGGGCGCGAUGCUGCUUUCGUCUUAUGCCAAUGUGUGCCAGCAGUACGCUGCAGUGACCUCCGACACGACUGCUGCGAAUCCAAUGAUGACGGAACCGCCUCGUGGCGCACUGCACACCACAACGACACCUGCCGCUGAUGCAGAUGGGAGAAUCGAGCAGAUGGGUCUCGGGUCUGCAGCAGUGCGCGAGAGCCAAUCACGCGAGUCUGCGAUCGAGCACUGGCCAGAGCAGUCCAGCAGCAACAUGCGCGGAGGUGCACCGCUGCAACACUUUGACAAGCUCAAUCCGCGUCUCGCUGAGAAGCUGAUUGUGUACACGGACACGCUUUUGAGAGCGCUGCGUGGAAGUUUAUCAACGCUUUGGGAGGUUGUCGAGCAUUUGGAGCGAUUGCAGCACUCGGCUGAGCGUAGUAUUGCUGCACUACCCUUGCCAGCUGCUAUUGCUUCGUCUCCCUCUGAAAUACCGCCCAGCGUGCAAGUAGAAUGGAUCCGAGCAAUAGCACACAUGUAUUCCACCGAGUUCCAAAGAAAAACAGCUGUAGUAGAAUCGCUCAAACUCGACGCAUCCCGAAAUAGCUCUGAAGCAGUUAUUAUCGAUGCAUGGAGCGUCGAAUACCACAUCGACGAACGUCAAAUUCUAAAUAUUUUCCAGUUGGCAGGCGUAUCAACGGUGCCACAAUAAACUUUAACACUCGAAGACACGACGUCCACCAUCGUUUGAAAUUCAAUACAAGCUCCAAGUUCCCUUUCAUCACGAAGAUCUAUCAGAGGCAAUUCAAGUCAAACGUGACAGUUGAUCAACUGUUCAACAAUGCUUAAGCGCCAACGUUGAUUCAAAUCGCCUUCGAACGAAGGAGCUUGGGAGACGAG